UUCCAAUACCAGUUUCAAAAUUCAUUCCUCUCUAUAUCCGUCUUUGUUUGCUAAUGUUGGCUUGGCUCACUCUUCUUCUCUUCUUCAUUUCUUUCAAAUUACACGAUCCACACAACAAGCAACAACACACCCCAACCCACCCAUUCAACGCUUUUUUUCAAUCUCUCACCAUUCACACCUAUCAGUCUCAUUCCUUAAAUUCUUCUUUUCAAUUUCAACUACCGAUCAGGAACGCGAUCAAAUUCGACUAGAGAGGUCAUCGGAGCCACAUGGAAUCGGAGCAGUUGAUCACGUCCGGGAGUGGCUCUCGCUACUUCCAAAUGCAAUCAGAGCCGGCCUUGUCCUUUUCUUUCACGCUCCGUCCCGAACCGACUCGGAUUUUCGAUGAGCUCCCCAAGGCCAUCAUCGUUGACGUCUCUCGCCCUGACGCUGGUGAUAUCAGUCCCAUGCUUCUCUCUUACACGAUCGAGUUUCAAUACAAACAGUUUACGUGGCGCUUGUUGAAGAAAGCUGCACAUGUAUUUUACUUGCAUUUUGCGUUGAAGAAACGUGCUUUUAUUGAGGAAAUUCAGGAGAAGCAGGAACAGGUUAAAGAAUGGCUUCAAAAUCUAGGAAUAGGAGAUCAUUCAGCAGUGGUGCAAGAUGACGAAGAUGAGGCCAUUCCUCUGCAACAUGAUGAAAGUGCUAAAAAUAGAGAUGUUCCAUCUAGUGCUGCUCUGCCAAUUAUUCGGCCAGCCUUGGGAAGGCAGGAGUCCAUUUCUGAUAGAUCAAAGGUUGCAAUGCAAGGGUAUUUGAAUCACUUUCUAGGAAAUAUGGACAUUGUUAAUUCUAGAGAGGUUUGCAGAUUUUUGGAGGUUUCUAAGUUAUCAUUUUCUCCAGAAUAUGGUCCUAAGUUAAAGGAGGACUAUGUGAUGGUAAAACAUCUACCGAAAAUUCUAAAGAAUGAUGAUUCAAGAAAAUGUUGUGCAUGUGAUUGGUUCGGUUGUUGUAAUGACAACUGGCAAAAGGUUUGGGCUGUACUAAAACCUGGAUUUUUGGCUUUACUAGCAGACCCUUUUGAUACCCAGCCAUUAGAUAUAAUUGUUUUUGAUGUACUGCCGGCAUCAGAUGGGAAUGGUGAUGGUCGAGUAUCGUUGGCAAAAGAAAUAAAAGAACACAAUCCGUUACGCAAUUCAUUUAAGGUUACUUGUGGAAAUCGAAAUAUUAGAUUAAGGGCUAAGAGUAGUGGUAAAGUCAAAGAUUGGGUUGCUUCUAUUAAUGACGCUGGCCUUCGGCCUCCUGAGGGCUGGUGUCAUCCUCAUCGCUUUGGUUCUUUUGCUCCUCCAAGAGGGCUAAGUGAAGAUGGUAGUCAGGCACAGUGGUUUGUAGAUGGCCUGGCUUCAUUUGAAGCUAUUGCUUCUGCAAUUGAGGAUGCAAAAUCAGAGAUAUUUAUGUGCGGCUGGUGGUUGUGCCCAGAACUGUUUCUACGACGCCCUUUUAGUGCUCAUGCUUCUUCUAGGCUUGAUGCUUUACUUGAAGCAAAAGCUAAGCAAGGGGUUCAGAUUUACAUACUUCUGUACAAAGAGGUUGCUCUUGCUUUGAAAAUAAAUAGCGUUUAUAGCAAGAAAAGGUUGCUUAGCAUUCAUGAGAAUGUUAGGGUACUACGUUACCCUGACCACUUUUCUAGUGGUGUUUACUUAUGGUCCCACCAUGAAAAAAUUGUCAUUGUUGAUUACCAGAUUUGUUUUAUCGGAGGACUGGAUCUAUGCUUUGGCCGUUAUGAUACAGCUGAGCACAAAGUGGGUGAUUGCCCUCCUCAGAUAUGGCCUGGAAAAGACUACUAUAACCCACGGGAAUCUGAACCAAAUUCUUGGGAAGAGACAAUGAAAGAUGAAUUAGAUCGUAGAAAAUAUCCCCGUAUGCCUUGGCAUGAUGUCCAUUGUGCCUUGUGGGGACCACCUUGCCGUGACAUAGCUAGGCACUUUGUUCAACGCUGGAACUAUGCAAAGAGAAAUAAAGCUCUAUAUGAAGAGGCAAUUCCGCUACUCAUGCCUCAGCAUCACAUGGUCAUUCCACACUACAUGGGAAGAAGCCAAGAGAUGGAGAUUGAAGUUACCAGUUCUGACAAUCACAAUGGAAUGAAAAGACAUGAUUCUUUCUCGUCCAGAUCAUCUUAUCAAGACAUUCCACUGCUUUUGCCUCAAGAAGCUGAUGGGUUGGACACACCAAGUGGAGAGCCAAAACCAAAUGGUUUGAAUUCUUCUCCAAAUGGUAUCCCUUUCCCAUUCCGUAAAUCAAGAAUCGAAUCAGCAGGUCCAGGAAUGCCAUUGAGGGACUUUGUCGAUGACUUUGAUGGGAAAUUGGUUUCAGAUGGGAAAACACAAACUGGCAUGAAGCAUUCAGACUUGGAGUGGUGGGAAACUCAAGAACGGGGCAGUCAAGGUGGCUUCCUGGAUGAUUCUGGACAAGUUGGUCCCCGUACUUCAUGUCGAUGUCAGGUUAUUAGAAGUGUCAGUCAAUGGUCUGCUGGAACAAGCCAAACUGAAGAGAGCAUCCAUAUUGCUUAUUGCUCUCUUAUUGAGAAAGCAGAGCACUUUAUCUACAUAGAGAAUCAAUUUUUCAUAUCAGGUCUUUCAGGAGAUGAAUUAAUACAAAAUCGUGUGUUAGAAGCACUGUUUAGGCGCAUACUGCGAGCAUACAAUGACAAUAAGUGUUUUAGGGUUAUUAUUGUCAUACCACUUCUCCCCGGUUUCCAGGGAGGUUUGGAUGAUGCCGGUGCUGCCUCUGUAAGAGCAAUAUUGCAUUGGCAAUAUCGAACAAUCUGUAGAGGAAACAAUUCGAUAUUGUAUAAUCUGUCCAACAUACUUGGUACAAAAACUCAUGACUACAUUUCUUUUUAUGGGUUAAGAGCUUACGGUAAUCUUUUUGAUGGUGGUCCAUUGGCCUCCAGUCAGAUCUAUGUUCAUAGUAAAAUAAUGAUUGUUGAUGAUUGUAUUACUUUAAUUGGAUCGGCUAACAUUAACGACAGGAGUCUGCUUGGUUCAAGAGACUCAGAGAUUGGUGUACUUAUAGAAGACAAAGAGCUAGUGAAUUCUUAUAUGGGAGGAAAACCGUGGAGGGCUGGGAAGUUUUCUUCGAGUCUGCGCAUGUCUUUGUGGUCUGAGCACCUUGGUCUUCGUGCAGGAGAGAUUCAGAGCAUAAUCGAUCCUGUUGUGGAUUCAACUUACAGAGAUAUUUGGUUGUCAACUUCUAAGACAAAUACUGCUAUCUAUCAAGAUGUAUUUUCUUGCACACCUAACGACUUUAUACAUUCCAGAGCUGCAUUUAGACAAAGCAUGGCUUCCUGGAAGGAGAAACUGGGGCACACGACAAUAGAUUUAGGAAUAGCCCCAGAGAAGCUAGAAUCUUACCAAAAUGGAGAUGUUAAAAGAGCAGAUCCGAUGGAGAGAUUAGAGUGCGUCAAGGGGCAUCUUGUUUCAUUCCCUUUGGAUUUCAUGUGCCAAGAAGAUUUAAGACCUGUGUUCAAUGAGAGCGAGUAUUAUGCUUCUCCUCACGUUUUUCAUUGAAAUCUCAACCUCACAUCUCACAUCUCAAUGUUAUAUGUUUGGAGUCUUUUUUCUUUUUAAAAAUUAAUUUUGGGCAGCCUCAGAUCUUUGUAUCCACUACCAUUCUUUUUUCACCUUGGGAAAAAUAUUUAAUACAUAUGCAUACCAAUAAAUUAGAGAGAGAGAUGGCUAUACUAUCUUAUUAGCCACUAGGAAUGAGGAAAAUUACCUUUUGUAAUCAUCUGAGGUCGGGUGCAAACUUACAUUUCCUGCUGGCCCUAUGAUUCUCUUUAUAUUUAACCCACAGAUUUUUAUGAUUAUAGUAACAGAAGUGUAUUUUGCAA